AUGACAGCUUCCGACCAAUCUGAUUUGAAGAAACUCAAGUCGAGAUAUUCAUCACAGCUGGCGACGCUUAGAGAGUUAUUCGCCGACUGGUCUGACGAUGACCUGUUGUUUGCACUUCAAGAAGUAGAAGGAGAUCUUGACCUGGCCAUUGAUCGAAUCAGUGAAGGUCACGUUUCUCAAUGGGGCGAAGUCAAGAGUCGAAAGUCCAAGAAGGAAGCUGCACAAAAAGCCAAAGCAGCAGCAGCACCUGUACCCCCUUCUUCAUCAAAUCAAAUGUCAUCUUCUUCUUCUUCAUAUCGACCCGAGCGUACACAACCACCAAGAGGAAACAAUGAUCGAUCAAAGAGAGGAGGACGUCAUGGUUCUCGAGGACAACGUCAACCCACUACACAAUCUCAAGCACCAGCUGCAGCAACUUGGGGAACCUCAGCACCAACAAAAUCUUUUCAACCAGACAAUGGAUCAUGGGCAUCAAUUGCUUCUACCAAGAUGAAUGACAAGGGAUGGAAUGCCAAUACUGAAAGUGGCAGUGGAUGGGAUGCUGCUGCUGCACCUAACACCACCAAUGGAUGGGAUGAUAAAGAACCAACACAAGAAAUCAAGACUGAAUCUGAAGAAAAACCAGCAUCCACUACUGCAGAAGCCAAAACAUGGGCAAGUCUUCUCAAAUCAAAGCCUAAGCCAGUUGAACCCGAGCAACCCAAACAAGAACCUGAGAUUUCAGAAAAGAGUGGAUGGGAUGAACCCAAAGAUGCAGCAAAGGAUGGUUGGGAUACCAAAGAUGAAGGUGGAUGGGAUACCAAAGAUAAUUGGGACAACAAAGACAGCUGGGAUGCACCUUCAGUACCUGCCGACCCAUGGACAUCAUCUACUACCGAACCUGUGCAAGAAUCAGUUGAAGCAGCAGAAGCACCUAAAGAAAGUGAACCAGAGCCUGUCAAUGAACCAGAGCAACAUGUCGAUACUACAACUACUAUUGAGGAUGAGACACCCAAAGAAGAGCCUGUUCCCAAAAAGUCAUCUGUUGAUCGUCGACCCAAGCAAGAUGCCCCUGUUGUUUUACCAAACAAUGGCACAUCAUCUCUCAGCUCCAUUGGUGUCAAGUUUGGUAGCUUGACUUUGGAUGAUAAUGCAGAGAAUAAUAAUGAGAUUAACAACACCACCACUUUACAAGCUGAGAUGAGAGUUCCUGAUGAAAUCCAACAACCAAGUCAGCCACAACAAGAACGAUUGGAUACAUUUGCCACAGCUCCAUUGCAAAGUCAACAACAAGCACCACAACAACAGCAACAACAACAACAACCUCUUGCCUCUGAACCCGUACCACAACAGCAGCAAGCUCCUAUUCAUCAACAACCACAACACACUUUACCCCAACAACCUCUCUUUGGCAUGGAUCAUUUGGCCUCUGGUUACAGCUCUUAUCUUCCUAACCAACCCCCUGCUGGCGUUUCCGGUUUUGGUGUUAGCCCAAUGGGUUCCUUGCCUGAUUAUGGUCUCUAUGGUACUGAUGCUCAUCGUGCUGCUAUGCUUCAAGGCUACUAUGAUCCUGCAGCAGUGUAUAACCAAUCUCCAUCCGCUACGCAUGCUUAUCAACCUCGUGACAAGCAAGAUGGUGUUCCUCAACAUAGUGGUGCUCAAACUCCAGGUGCAACAGCAGCAGCCGCAGCCGCAGCACAAAUGUAUCCUAUGAACAUGCCCUACUAUCAAUACUAUUACAUGCCUAGUCAAUUUGGUUAUCAGCAGAAUGCAGCUGCAGCAGCUUAUGGUCAACCCUUUAUGAACAAGAGCAUGUAUCCCAAUAUGUAUCAACAAGGCACUGCUAAGCCUAAUGCUGCCAAUCCUGCUGGUACUGCUACUUCACCCUAUGGUGCAGCUGCUGCAUCUCCUUAUUCUCAAACCAUGUACUCGGCAGCCAUGUCAGCUGGCUAUGAUGAUAUGACAGCUCCUGGUGCAGGUCUUCAACAUAACCUUGGUGGUUUGCAAGAUUAUCAAAAGAUGUAUCAGCAACAAUUGCCAGGAUUUUUGGGUGGUGCACAACAACAACAACCUCCUAUGCAUCAUCAUCAACAACCCUCUCAGCAGCCACCACAACAACCCGCUUCGGCUACGGGUAACAAGAAUGAUAAGGCUGGUAAUGCAGCUGGUGGUGCUGGUGGUAGCAAUGGACAUCAUCAUCAUGCACAACAACAGCAACAACCUUAUCCAGGCAAUUACUUUGGAGGCUCGUUCCCAACCUCCUAUCAGCAGCAGUAUCCACAGCAACAACAACAACAGCAACAUUUCCCUCACUUUCCUCAACAACAGCAACAACAAGCACCUGCUGCUCAACAACCCUCGCCCAUGGGUCGUCAGCAACCUUACUGGAGUCAGUAA